AUGGGUGAAACAACCAACCAUCACCACCAUGUGGUCACCCGAGUGAAUAGACCCCUACCCGAGCUGGAGAAGGACACCGAGGAACACGGAUCUCCCCCACAACAUCACCACCAUGUGUUGGAGCACUCGAACGACAAUGGUCAGGUACAUCACCAUCUGGUGCAUCAUGGUCUAACUAAAGAUAGCAAAGAGUCACUCGAAAGUUGUGACUGGAACCAAUUUUGCCAUCCCCUCGAUUUGCACGGGGGUAUCGUUGAUGCUACUGUGUUGGACAACUUCUUGGAGUGCUGCUACGAACCACACCGGCCGGAACCGGAAAUAUCACACCUGCACGAAGCUGCAUGUGCUCUCGACUGUGACUUGAGCGAAUUGGAAAAACUUCUGUUCACCAGCUGUCCAAUAGCGUCCAAUACUGCUGACAAGGAAGUGGAGUGCAAUUCACAAGGCUUGGGCUGCACCGAGUGUGAUCUCAAUCGGAUGGGGAUUUGUUGCUCGGAAGAGUCUUGCGGUAUGGAGUGUGAUGAAUGCUCUAAAUGUGGAGCUGAGUGUGAGUUUGAGAUUGGCAACCAAAAGUCUUUAUUUCGUUCGGAGUCCGUACAGUGCCAGUGGGAGGAGGGGCCCAUACGGUGUAGACGUGUGUUCGCAACUACAGGAGAAUUGCACAAUCAUAUCGUGGAAGAUCACAUUGGAUCGGGGAAAUCACAAUACCAGUGCAGAUGGGCCGGAUGUUCUCGCCAUGGCCGCACGUUCGCGCAGAAGCAGAAGGCUGUGAGGCAUAUACUGGUCCACUCUAAGGAUAAACCGUUUGGAUGUCCUUCGUGCAAUAAAACCUUCAGCACAGAGGUGAUGCUGGAGCAGCAUGUGAGAACACAUACCGGGGAAAGACCGUUUGUCUGUGGCACAUGCGGAAAACAGUUCAAGACAAGUUCCAGUCUUUGCGUUCACACAAGGAUCCAUACCGGCGACAGACCUAUACGCUGCAAAUGGCCCGGAUGCACCAAGAGCUUUAACGACAGCAGCAAUCUGUCGAAACACUAUAAGACUCAUAGUCGGAAGUUCAAGUGUGGUGAGUGUUUGAAAAGCUUCCACUUCGAGAGUGAUCUCGCUAGUCAUUAUCGGAUGAGGCAUUACGCGGAGAAAGUGGAAAUCAAGACUGAGGCGAAGACUGAGGUGAAGACUGAAGUGAAAAAUGAGGUUAACACUGGGAUUAGGAGGAAUCUGCUAGAUGGUAUCCGGGUUUGA